AUGCGGUACCUGCGGACCUCGCGGGCGCGCGCCGCGCUCGUCACCGCGCGGACGGAGAUGCUGAGCGACGAGGAGGCCGUGCAGGAGGGGGAGCGGGCGAUGCGCGAGGAGCUGCUCCUCCAGGGCAUCGACCCGCGCCUCCUGGCGGACCUCGGCGCCAGGGUGCUCGCCGCGGUCGGCCGCGGGGCCCUGCCGGUGGAGCUGGCCAGCGGGCAGAUCCUGGCGGCCCAGCUGGCGGUGCCCCUCGGUGACGCGGGCUACGAGUACGCCGAGGCCUCGGCUCUCGCGGAGGCUCCAGUGGCGGCGGAGGAGGCGACGGAGCUUUGCUUCCUGAUGCUGGUGGGCGACAAGCCGGGCGUCGUGAGCGAGGUCGUGGAGGCCAUCCGGGAGCAUCGCAUCGACAUGACGCGUUUCGUCGCGGAGCCUCGCUGCCACGAGCUGUGCCUCAUCAUCGCCAAGGUGCGCGUCGACUGCACGCUGCGCUUUGGGUCGCUGCUGCACAGCAUCCGCUACCGCACCCAGCCGCUGCUGCUGGAGAGCGCGUGCCGGCGGAGUUGGGCGCCCCGCCCGCCCGGGGCGCUGCCGUUCCCGCGGCCCGGGCGCCGCUGGGGCCGUGGCUCCGCGAGGCGCCCGCCGGGCUGGACCCCGAGCUGGUGCAGCAGUGGAAGGCGGAGGCGCUGCAGUUCGCGCUGCCCGACCCGCGGGCGGCCGGCGGCCCGGCGGCAGGCGGCGGCGCGGCGGCCAGCCCGGCGUGAGGGGGCCGCGCCUGGCAGGGCCGAG